AUGGCCGCCGAUAAAUUUGAGGUUCUUGCUUGCAUGAGGCGUUGCUGCCAGUUGCUCACAAACUUGCCUAUGACACCAACUGAACCCAAUCUUCUGCUCUACCUAGAUUACCCAUGCUCCAGUUCAGUGGCUGCUGAAAUUCGACAUCUGACAGAUGCAGCCAAGGAAUUCCUCGCCAACAAAUACAAGGUUUUGGAUAAUUACUCAUGGCAUGAUUUGUCUCAUUCCAGAUUCCCUCAUGAAUUGGUGGACAUGCCUCUUGUUGGAAUUGAAGCCAUCUUUUCUAGUUCUGACCUACAGAUAUCAUCUGAAGAUGCCGUAUAUACCUUCUUGCUCGAGUGGGUGUGCGAGCAAUACGUAGAAACAGAGGACAGACACAAGAUAUGGAGUUCUCGUUUACUUCCGCUGUUGCGCUUCAAUCAUAUGAGCUGGAAGAAACUCCACGAGGUCCUGACAUGCAGUGAUGAAGAUGAUGUAGACAAUGAGCAAACAAAGAAGCUUAUUACUGAUGUACUCUUGCACAAAGCUUACCCAGCACAUGAGCAAGGCACUAUUGAGGCAGACACAACAACCUGUUGCAAAGUUCCACAGCGAGCCUACAUGAGGAAACCCCUGAAAGUGGUUGAGUUCGAUCGACCCCGUCCACAGGUUAUUGUGUACUUGGAUCUAACGCGUGAGGAGUGCUCCCGACUCUUCCCAGAAGGAGUAUUAGUCUCGCAAUUGUUCCAUCUUGCAGGGCAGAACUUCUAUACCCAGCCAACCUGUGUACUUUGGCGAAGUUAGGUCGAGCGCUUAAAUGGCAUUCGGUUGUAAUAUGAGAGUUUAGUUAGUUGGCUGUGUGGUUUCGUUCCGAUAUUUCCUUGUCUCUGCUGGAAAAGGAGGCUUUGGUGCCUGAAUGGUGUAAGGAAGCUCUUACAAUGAUAAAGUUGAAAAACUGUGUGCACUUCUGGUCUGACUUCAAACAUUUUUAUUCGCCGUUGUUUUUGUUCUGGAUAGAUUUGGCAUUGUCACUUUGUCAAUGUAGCUGGGACUUUUAAGACCGGUGGAGGAGCUUCCUGGGAUCGUGCACAAAUAUAUAUGUGCUGAUGAAUGAUGAGUUUGGACUGGAAGAUGGCAGCUGCGACGGAGCAGAGCAAACAGAACCUGACUCAAACUCAAAUGGUGUCCUUCUGAGGCACCACCUGCCCAUCAAGGCUAACCUCCUCCUCCUCACACCUAGUAGUACUGAAACUGCAAAUCAUGUACUCGGUUUUAGUUCUACUAAGACUAAAUCCUUUCGAUUCCAAGGUUUUUCUCCAAAUAUCGAAAGGUGCACUUCUGGUCUGAGUUAACAUUUUCAGUCUCUGUUCUUUUUGUUCUGGAUAGAUUUGGCAUUGUCACUUUGUCCGUGCAGCUGGGAUUUGAAGGCAGAGGAGCUUGCUGGGAUCGUGCACAGAUAUAUACACAUGUACUGAUGAAUGAUGAGUUUGGACAGUAAGAUGCCUGCUGCGACGGAGCAAGAGCAAACAGGCAUGAACCUGAACCUGACUCAAACUCAAAUGGCGAGAGACAAACAAGUGUCUGGAAAAGUUGGUCGGCCGAUAGUCCAGAAGGCGCGGUGCCCGCCGGAGCACCUGGAGAGCAGCCUCAACAAGCGGAGGAGCUGCUGUUGCUGACGGACGGCGUCGUACUACACAAGUUGCUGGACCCUGAAGCCGUAUGUGUUGGUUCUGUAUCUGUUGGCUCGUGGUGGGUUCUUCAGACAAAGGAAAGACCCCGCCCGUCACUCAGGCUCUCAACCAACAAGCUUGAUGGUGUGUCAAGAAUCAGUGGCUCCGAUGGGAUUCUAGUUGUAUCCGAAUAAUUUUUAUUAUUGCAAGAAGAAGAAAGGAAGAGGGGAUAAGAAGUGCUGUCUGCUGCUGCUGCUGACGGUGGCAUUGUGGAGGGUAGCUGGAUCCUGAAGCUAGCCGCAGGUGUGGUGAUGAAUGACACAAACUCUGAAGAAAAACACCGUAGAUCAGCGACACAUGUACUGUAUGGUGUUGGAUCCAUUCUGAGUGCAGCCACGACACGAAAUACCACUGUGGUAG